CGCUAGAUGAUACUGACCUCGUCUCUCCGGUAGCUUCAGCUUCUCUGGCAAGUCCUGUCGAAAUGCCACUUGAUGAUGUUUUUUUGAACAUCGUCUCACCUACGAUUUCAAAAUCUAUGGCUAGUUUGGCUACUCCUUCGCAGGUUGCGAAUUCAUCUCCGACGUCUUCAUUGCCUCUUCUAGGAACUCCUUCUGGUUCCCAAUCUAAGGAUUCAAAAAGGUUGGAAACCUCCAAACCUAUCCCUACGAAUCUCUCUAAGUCUUCUCGACAAGGAGCUUGGGUAAAACCUUUACCGAUCCUUGCAACAAGGCAGGUAGUUAAUGAGGUUGUUGUUCGGGAAAGCUUCACGGCUUCUCAAAAACAGAUGGAUAGAAUGGAAGAUAAUCUUCGGUUCCCUUGGGCGGCUAAGAUGGAUCCAGCUUCCAGAAAUCUCUUCAGAGCAUCAGAGCCAGAAUACUUACCUGAUGGAACUCCUAAGGUAACUAUUCCACAACAUGUUCUGUUACAAGGGUUAGAGAAUCAUAAAGAAUACGUUUUAGGACAGUUCUAUAGAUGCUUGCCUCCUCCUGGUGGUCUAAUUUUUGCUGUCUUCAAUAAGUUAUGGGGAAGGAAAUGUAGAAUCACCAUUAGGAAGUUAGGUGAGUCAAGUUAUCUAUUCCAUAUCCCUGAUGAAUCAACUAGGUCAUGGGUUAUUCAAAGGGGGCUCUGGCAUGUUGAUGACUGUCUUAUGUUUGUUGCUUCAUGGACUCCUGAAGCAACUUUAGCUAUCCCCGAGAUCAAAACUAUUCCAGUCUGGGUAACUUUAAAAAAAAUACCCAACAGUCUGUACUCAAUUGCGGGCAUAAGCCAUAUAGCUUCUGGUUUAGGUGUUCCUAUGGCAACUCAUAAACCUAGACUAGAUCCUAUUCUUAUGGGUGAGGCCAAGAUUCUUGUUGAGGUUGAGCUAAGCAAAGCCUUUCCAACCAAGAUCGCUGCUAGUGAUAUAGCUGGAUUUAUUUCUAUGGUGGAUGUAGAAUAUGCAUGGUUGCCUACUAUAUGUAGUACUUGUGGUCAGUUGGGGCACAAGGACAAGCGCUGCUUACGUGAGGUAACCGUUUCACAAGUGAGUGCUAAUACUAUCACUGAGGUUACCACUGAAAAGGAUGCAGAGGUUGGCAAUGGGAGUGCACCUAGUUCAGCCCCUGUUGCUACUUUCCAUUACACCACUCCAAUUUCGGCUUCAUGCAUGAAGGUACCUAUUACUAGCACCUAUCUCUUACAAGGCAAAGAGUCAUUAUCAUCUGAUCAAACAACAGCUACUAUAGUAGAAGAGCAUACUAUCUCAGCAAAUGUCUCAACCAUUGAGAAGAUCCCUAUUUCAACAACUUUUCCACCAACUUUUGUAUCUAUUGAGUCUCCUCUCCAGAGAACUGCACAAUCAUCAGUCACAGCUCAUGCUCCUGUAAAUGCUACUGUCCACAGGGAGAGGGCUAAAUCUGCUGAUCAUAAUCUUGGUUCUAAUCAGUUUGCCUCAUUGGUUUCUUCGGAUGAGGAAGAAGAUUUGUCAGAUUCAGACAACGAAUCUGAUUCAAUGGAUCUUAUGACUCCUUCAGGUAAAAGAAUCCUUCGAGAGAGGCCGGUUAAACCAUCAACAAAGGCUAAGGAGAUGCAUGGACAAACCACAAGUCGUGGAAGGGGCAGAGGCCGUGGGAAACGAGGUGGUCGUGGCUAAUAUUCUCCAACAACCUAGCCACUAAGUCAAUCGAAGCGGUUGAUUCGAUUGUAGCUGUGCGUUUAAUGUACCCUUUCUUUAUAUUUCUUGUAGCUUUUGAAAAACUGCAUGACAUAAUGUCAUGGACUCAACUGGUUCUUAAUAAAUAAGGUUUAUAAAA